AUGCCUGCAAGGAAUGUGCGUGUUGCCGUUACACAGGCGGAGCCAGCUUGGCUGGACCUUGCGGCUGGCGUCACUAAAACCUGCGAUCUGAUUGCGCAGGCCGCAAAUAACAAGGCGGAGCUGAUUGCAUUUCCCGAAUGUUGGAUUCCAGGCUAUCCGUGCUGGAUUUGGAGUCGACAUUUAGACGUUGAGCUGAAUAUAGCUUAUGUCAAAAAUUCUCUUCGCCUAGAGUCCCCUGAGAUGAAGCAAAUUCAAUUGGCUGCAAAAGCCAAUUCCAUUGCAGUUUCGCUCGGAUUCUCGGAAAAUGAUAACAAUUCGAUCUACAUCGCGCAGGUGAUGAUCGGACCCGAUGGACAAAUCAUGUCACAUCGUCGUAAGAUGAAGCCCACUCACAUGGAGCGCACGAUAUUUGGCGAUGCUUCAGGUGAAUGCUUUGCAAGUGUGACGGAGCUCCCCUUUGCCCGAGUUGGUGCCCUAUCUUGCUGGGAGCAUAUCCAGCCACUACUGAAGUAUCAUACAAUCUCACAAAGAGAGGAUAUUCAUGUCGCUGCCUGGCCGAGCUUGACUCCUCAUUCGGGAGGGUCAGACUUGUGGUCUAUGUCCGCUGAGGGUUGUCGUAGUCUAUCGCAGACCUACGCCAUUGAGUCGCAAAGCUUCGUCCUUCAUUGCACUGCCUUGAUAACUGAGGUGGGUGUUGAAAAAAUGAAAACCUCAGGUGGAGCGUUGAUGUCUACCCCCGGAGGAGGCAGUUCCGCCAUCUUCGGGCCUGAUGGAAGGAGAUUGACGGAGCCGGUGGACAGUACAACCGAAACUAUUAUAUACAGUGAUCUUGACCUAGAUCAUAUUGUUGCGACAAAGCUCUUUGCAGAUGCCACGGGUCACUAUAGUCGUCCGGAUCUCAUGUGGCUGAAUGUGUGUAGACAGGUGAAGAAGAUGGUGCGUGAGAAUGACAGGAUGAGCCAAACUGAAGAGACUCGCGAGCUACAGGUGGGUAGUAACUAA